AUGUCUCUCGAGAUCGGCCUUGGCACUCCGCUGGCGGAGGCUCUCAAUGCUGCGAUUCAACCGAAGCUACUUGAAGUUGGAUGGGGUACUGGGGGUAGCGAUGACUCUGCGCUCGCCGAAUACAUCAUUCUGAUGCUGGUCAAUGGCAAGACGCAAGACCAGAUUGCCACCGAGCUCUCCGGAGACCUUUUAAAUCUACCGCCUGAUGACCCUGUCGUGCACGAGUUUUCCAAAUGGCUAUUUGAACAGGUUCAUAUUCUUAGCGCGCCGAAUGGUCAGCCAAACGGUGGCGACUCUAUGGGCGACGCUGCGGGUGGAGAAAUGGACACGGAUAUGGGCUCUCAUGAUGUAUCUGAGCUGAAUGCGCCCACUGGCCCCCGCUCAAUGCGCAAUGGUAACUUCAGAGGAGGACGAGAUAAGCGAAUGUUUGGACAAAUGUCCAAGGCUAUGGAUCGAUCAAACGACAAUGUUCUUCAUCGAGUUCGCGGGCAAACGGGUAGCGGAAGAAUCGAUACACAUGCUCGUGCCCCCCCAACUGGCCCACGUGGUGGCCGCGGCGGCCUGAUGCGGAAUCACAACAACAAUCGAGGCAUGGCGGGCGGCGCAAUGCCCGGUGCUCCUGGCGGCCCAGGAUUCCCUCAGUGGCAGAUGCAAGGCCAACCUUCUCAGCUAGAUGUCAUGGCCAUACUGGAACAGCAAAACCAAAUGAUGCUAGAACUGUCUCAGCAGAUGAUGAACAACGGGAACCGAGGAUUUGGCCAUCAGCGACGAGGGAAGUCUUUGUUUGAGAGAACCCAAGACCCUCGCCACAGGCACAAAUUCCCCCGAGGCCAAGGCUCGAACCAAGCUGACGCGAACGGGGACGAAGUCAACAUGGAGCAUACUGCCGAAGGCGAGGAUGUUGAUAUGGGCAAGCGCGAGCCUCCAAACCCCGACGAGACGGUUUGCAAAUACAAUCUUCACUGCACAAACAAAGAUUGUAAAUUUGCACAUCAGUCUCCAGCAGCGCCUCCUGGUGUUUCUGUCGAUGUCAACGAUGUUUGCAGCUUUGGUGCUGCCUGCAAGAACCGCAAGUGCGUCGGACGCCACCCCUCACCAGCCGCAAGGCUUGCACACCAGAGUGAACAGGACUGCAAGUUCUUCCCCAACUGUCAAAACGCUCGAUGCCCAUUCAAACACCCCUCAAUGCCUCUCUGCCGCAACGGCGCAGAUUGUACGACACCAAACUGCAAAUUUACACACGUUAAGACCAAGUGCAAAUUCAACCCUUGUUUAAACCCUACCUGUGCCUUUUCACAUGAAGAGGGUCAGCAGGGAGGUUUCAAGGACAAGGUCUGGACUUCUGAACAGGCACAGGGUCACGUUAGCGAGAGAAAAUUUGUGGAUGAUACCGCUGAAGAGGAACUCGUUCAGCCCGGAGAACCCGGCUUGGAAGACAUGGUACAAUAUGAAGUUGUUGGUUGA